UCUCUCAGUCAGAGCUGAGAGGAGGAGCAGGGCGGCUCUCUGCGCUUAAACUGGAUAAAACUGACGAAUUUAAGGAUUUACUUGUAAACACUGACUGAGAAAAUGUGUGGAAUUUCCCCAGCUACAAUAUAAGCAUCGGAAACUUAAUAGGAGACAGCCUCGGCGAGAGAGGGCCCUGUAGGAGUUGGCACAAGGUCAGUGGCUGCUUUGUGAGCCCCUUUGGCCGCACCUGACCUCCAUGCACAUCCGCCUCUGCGUGGACCCUAAAGAGUCUCGGGCCUUUCAUGGAACGCCGCUUGGCGCUGUCGGCAGCCAGGCAUCGGAAGUGACGGCCAUGGAGGACGCUCCUGUCCCGCCGCCACCGAUCCCGCCUCCACCUCCUCCUCCUCCACCACCCCCGCCGACCCCGGCCACCUCCCUCGGCCGCCUGGACUCCGCCGUGCGCCGCCAGCGGCUUCGCAAUCUCAACUGGGAGCGGAUCCCCAAGGAGCGAGUGGAAGGAUGUAAGAACGUAUGGAGCUUCUCUCUGGCUGCUGAUGACGACUUCCCCAUUGACCUGCACUCUCUGAAUGAACUUUUCGGCCAGAAGGAGGCACGCAAGACUGAGCGAGGGGACAGCUUCAGACGCAGCCUGCGACGCUGCAGGUCUCCACAAGAAGCCUGUGCUGACAAGGUUUCCAUACUGGACUCAAAGCGCAGCAUGAACGUUGGGAUAUUUCUACGACAGUUCAAAACCGCAGCCAAGGAGAUUGUGGAGGAUGUGAGGCAGGGGGCCGGGGAGCGCUACGGGGCCGAAAAACUCGCCGAGCUCUGCAAGCUGCUGCCUGACAGCGAAGAGGAAGCACGGCUGAAGAGGUUUAAUGGAGAACGUAGCACGCUUGGAGAGCCAGAUCUCUUCAUGCUCUUUCUGGUGGAAGUACCGAACGUUCGCCUUCGUCUGGAUGCCAUGAUGCUGCAGCAGGAGUUCGACCCCGCUGUGACCUCUCUCUGUGUGGCGGCCAGAUGUCUGGGGGAGGCAGCUCGAGAAUUGCUAAGCUGCCACCGGCUUCACUCCAUCUUGCGUUUGGUGCUCAAGGCAGGGAACUACAUGAAUGCUGGAGGUUACGCAGGAAACGCAGCCGGCUUCAGAAUCGCCUCUCUUCUCAAACUGGCCGACACCAAAGCCAACAAACCAGGCAUGAACCUCCUGCAUUUUGUUGCCAUGGAGGCUGUGAAAAAGGAUGAAGACUUGCUGACAUUUCCAAGCCAGCUGAGUCACGUCAGUUCAGCCUCAAGGUUAUCAGAGGAGUCUGUGCUUGAAGAUCUGUGCCGGUUACAGAACAGAGUAGCAGCACUGAGGGUCAGCGCUCAGGCUGAGGCUGAGAUUGAACAGCAGACAAGAACUUUCCUGGAGAUUACAGAAGUGAGGCUGAAGGAAGCUCAGGAUGAAGUAGACUGCUUGCGAAAGACGAGUGAAGCUUUGGUGGAAUUUUUCUGUGAGGAUGAGAAUUCCUUUAAGCUGGAAGAGGCCUGUCGUAUCUUUCACUGCUUCUGCCAUCGCUUCCAAAAAGCUGUUCGAGAGAACACUGAGCGGGAGCGUCAGGAGCAGCGGCGAGCAGAGCGAGAGCGGGAGAACGUGGAGAAGCGACGCUCGCUGGCUCUGUGUGGAGGCCUGGAUCUGGGACGAGAGCCUGACGACCUGGAGCGAACGCUGGAGAGGAGCCUGAGCUACACCUGGAGCCGCCGCAGCCUCCGCAGGCACUCUCAGCACUCACUCGGCACUGAGUAUAAAAACUCAGACUCUAACUCCACAUCACCCCUCGUUUCUGAGGGACAAGACCUCCAACAACUCCUCAGUUCUGAGGGUUACAGUAGAAUCUCUGCGCUUAGCAGACAUGCACUCACCACGGACAGCGUUAAUAACACAAAUAAUCAGAACAGAACUAAAACAGGAGAACGUGUGAUGAGAACAGACUCUGCACGGGUUCUUCACAGAGACACAGCUGUUUGCAAUAGUUUGGAUAGCCCAGAUAACACUGCUACUACUGCGAGGGUUAAUCCAGUAAAAGCAUCUACUGAUAAUGCCUUUAUUUCUCCAGAGGAGAAAAGCUCAGUGCAGCAUCAGGAUACGGAUACGACAAAUUUCUCUCUUUUUACUGAACAGUCAGCUGAGAAGGUGUUAGAGACCGUGGAGAAAGGUGAGAGACGGGACGUGUUUCAGAGGGUUUCUGAAAGGUUAGCAGACGUAACUGCAGACUGCGUUUUGGAAGAUGUAGAGAAGCAGGACAGUACGGAUGCUGAUGAAGCCACCUCUCAGCAUCUUCUACACAAGAUCACGACAGUUCUGGAGGAUUCCACCAGUACGACAGGUCCAGAAGUGGAGGUUUGGCCAGGAACCUGCACUGCUGAGGUAGUACUAAAGGUGGUACUAGCGCAGGAGCCGGAGUCAGCCAGCCCGGAAAAAGAGCGCACCUUUCCUCGAGUGGGCGAGACUGUGGAGUGCCACACUCUGGUAAAAGGCCUUCGAUCAUAUGAGGUCCUUUCUCCUCCCGCGGGCUCACGGCAGGCUCCCAGCCACUGCUCCAAAUGGAGGAAAGAACUUCAAGCUGAGGAACGAGACGGAGCAGAAUCUCCUCAGGCCAAGGAAGACCUGCGUUCUGGAAAGACCUCAGUUCGAGGGUCUAUUAAAAGAGGGAUGAUGCCCCGAAGUUUCCUCUCCAACAGCACAGGCGUUCCAAAGGUGCGAGCGAAGGCUGAUUCAAACCUUCCUGAAGCUUCCUCAACCCCUCGCGCUUCACGCCUCACUCCUCCACGCACCUCCUCCAUGCGCUUAUUGCCAAUCACGCGGCCCACCAGCAUCCAAAGUGAGCUGAAACGCAGCAGCAGCACGCGAGACAAGGUCAGCGCUCAGUCUGAAACAACGGUUAAGCAAAACCGGCGACCUGCAGAGAAAUCUGGCCACGAGAAGGAGAAGACGCUCUUGAAUCGUGAGAAGUUUGUUAGAGGUUCUCCGUUACGAGUGACCAAGCGUUUCGCCUCCACCUUGGAACCUCAGAGCCCAAACCAGACUCGUACUGUUCAUAGCCCCACCGCAGCUACGAAUGCGAAAAAUAUCCGAACUGCCGUCAUCAACGCAGCCAAAGCCAAAACAGCCAAGAACACAGAGACCACCUCCGCCAAGACGACACCAGGGACGAGAAACACCGCGCCUAAAAUCCCACGAGCUGCUGCAGCUCAGCCAAUGUGGAGGUGAUGUUAAACACCUGGUCGUCUUCAGCUAGUAGUCACAUCACUGUGUAUUAAUGUAAUGUCAUGUCAUGUGAAUGUGAAUGUGUAAUGUGUGUGCUUAUAUUAUAUACAGGGGUUGGACAAUGAAACUGAAACACCUGGUUUUAGAGCACAACAUUGAAUUCUGCCGUGAUUUGAACAGCCGUGGUUUUAUUAUGUUUUUGAGAUACAAUCCGCUUCCUUUUACAGCGUCCACAGUUAAUCCUGUUGGAUGUGGUUGGUCCUUCUUGGUGGUAUGCUGACGUUACCCUGGAUACCGUGGCUCUUGAUGCAUCACAAAGACUUGCUGUCUUGGUCACAGAUGCUCCAGCAAGACGUGCACCAACAAUUUGUCCUCUUUUGAACUCUGGUAUGUCUCCCAUAAUGUUGUGUGCAUUGUAAUAUUUAGAGCAGAACUGUGCUCUUACCCUGCUAAUUGAACCUUCACACUCUGCUCUUACUGGUGCAAUGUGCAAUUAAUGAAGAUUGAACACCAGGCUGCUCCAAUUUAGACAUGAAACCUAAAAUCCCACACUAAAAUGAUGACAGGUGUUUCAGUUUCAUUGUCCAAACGCUGUAUCUGUUCAUUUAAGGGUAUUUAUAGGUUCUUCACAGGUAUAUCUGAAUGAAUAGGGUGGAGCGAUUUAAAGCUCCUGUAUUUGUCUCUGGACUGAAGUCACUCAGACGGGUUUCCUUGUCUGAACCAUCAAUUCAGUCCUAUCACCUAGCUCUGUCUCCGUCCAGAAUGCCAUUAGAUAAAAGAGCCAUUCAUUCUUUUUCACUGUAAAGGGCCUGAGACCAGGGCACUGAAACAGAUCCCGGGGAAGACAGACACUCCUCUCAGAGUCUUCCACUCUAAACAAGGUGUCGCCACACCGAUGAAGAUUUAUCCUUUUUUUAAAACACGGUAAAAAUUAUCGAUGCGGAAACGACGUCUUCAGCUUCGGUCUCUACCUCUAAACACUAGCGUGCUCUGUGCAGGUUAUGGAGCAUCUCAGGAGGAAAGGCAGCAUUCACUUUUUAUCUUUUGUCAUUUUUAUUUUAAAGCUUUGAACUUCUUAGUUCAAAGUGUUUGUCCUUUUCUUCCUGCAUUAGUUUUUGGUGCAUCACGUGACAUUGUGAACAAAAAUGUUGAACAAUUAAAAUGAGACCAGGCACUUGAGUGAAUGUUAAGGACCUGCAGUGAGUUUAAAUGUAUUUUGUUGUCUAUAUUAAUGGACAGUCUCUAUACUGUACACUAUACUGCCACACAAUCAAUCGGUCCCUCUAUCAGUUCAAAGUAACUGAAUAGGUCAAAUUAGGUUUAAAACAUUUGUUUAUUCAUUGUAAUAUGGCAAAAAAUGAAUAAAACAUCACUGUGAAGUGAAGGUAUAUGUAGGUCUUAAUUUAAAAAGUCCCAAAGCUGCAGAAGAGACCAGCAUGUAAACGGUGUGUAAACACUAUCAGUCGGUACGCGGCUCCAUUACGUUUUUUUUUUUACUUGUUGAUUUUGCUCAACUUGAUGCACUUUACAGACUUCAGAGAAUAAUACUGGCUGGACAGCCCCAGUGAGAGUCUGCUGGAUGUAUAUGUUUUGUGUUGAAGAAAAAAAUUGUUAAUUUAACACAAUCGAAUAUGUCUAUUGUCAUAUUUGUAUUUGUAAAUAUAAAAUCAUGAAAUAAAGAUUAUAAAUGACUUAAA